AAAUCUUCUUUUAAUGUAAGAAGGGAUUUGAAAUUUGAUUGAAAAGGGUAGAGUGGGCUAAAAUCAAAAGCCAAGUCGGGGUGGGGCAAAAUGGUGAUUUGGUAGCAAGAGUGGAUAGAGAGACCUGGGUUUUGCGGGAGUUUUAUAACCGUAAAACCAUUUUUGGAUUCCAACGGCCAUGGCUUCAACAAGGAGCUUAGACAAAUGGAGUGGUCAUCGUCAUCUUCAAAAUUUAGCUGAAUCUACCCCAAAAAAAACACAAGAACAAUCAAACCAUGUUUUUCUCUCAAAACCCACUUCAAGAAGAUGUGCGAUUUUGAUAUCUACCUUGCCUUUUACCCUCACUUCACUACCUCAAUUAUCUGAGGCCAGAGAGAGACGCAACAAGAAGACCAUCCCUCUUGAAGACUAUCUCACUAGCCCAGCUGAUGGAUUGAAGUACUAUGAUGUUCUCGAGGGAAAGGGUGCAGCAGCAGAAAAGGGAAUGACAGUUCAGGUGCAUUUUGACUGUCUAUAUAGGGGAAUAACAGCCAUUUCGAGUCGAGAAUCUAAGCUUUUAGCUGGAAAUCGAAUAAUUGCACAGCCAUAUGAGUUCAAGGUUGGGGCACCACCAGGCAAAGAAAGGAAGCGUGAAUUUGUGGACAACCCAAAUGGUCUAUUUUCUGCACAGGCUGCACCCAAACCUCCUCCAGCUAUGUACUCGGUAACGGAAGGGAUGAAAGUUGGAGGGAAGAGGACUGUGAUUGUUCCUCCAGAGGCUGGUUAUGGACAAAAAGGAAUGAAUGAGAUUCCGCCAGGAAGUUCAUUUGAAUUGAACAUUGAGCUUCUGCAAGUAAUGCCAGCUGAAGGAAAGUAGCCUACUUGUGGUUACAAAAAUACAAGGUGAAAGAAAUUUUUGUUUCUGACUGGGAAGAGGUUUGGCAACAUGAUUCUUUUGAUUGAAGAAACGUUGCUUCUAAAAGGCCACUCGCACUUCCCUGUGUUGGAAGUUGACAAUUGCAAUUUCCCCCAAGCAUUUUCAGUUCUGAUAUUGUAAAUUUUUCCCGGACAUGACACGGUUUUGGUUGAGCUCAUUGAAGAAACAUGAUUGCCCC